AACCAAUCAACCUGCCUUUUCCUUAGGCCUUUGCAUCGGCCUACUCAAGAACUGAUCUUAAUAUGAGAAAAAACCCUUUACAAUGAAUUAAGUCCUUAGCACUAGUUUGGAUCAUCUUGCACCCACACGAACGUCAUCGCGAUGCCCCGCAAAACGAAUAAGAAGCAGACACGGCUUGCUUUUGCACCAACCGUCCCCUCCGGCGAUCCAAACGAGACUGAAAGUGAUCGCUUCGCCAGGCUGUCCUACGGGCAUCCUAGCUUCCCUACUGUGCGACUUGAAAUGCCCCGUCAAACCAAACAUGAAUCGCCGCCUGUGGAAGCUAGCUCGUUAACCGCCACUACGUCCCAUCGGAAGGCUGCUUCGGUGAAAGAGAGCAAGCACGAGAAGAGGGAGAAGAACGAAAAGGAGAAAGACAAAAAAGACAGGAAGGCGAAGAAGGAGAAGAAAAAGAGCAAACCGAACGAGCAACAGGCCGAAGUACAACCAGCUCAGCAGAAGAUGGAAGAUUCCUCGGAUGAUGAGAUCGUGGUUCUUGGGCCUUUGAAGCAAGCGCGACGCGCCGCAGAUGUCGAAUUCUCCAUCAUGAAGCCCUUCAAAUCCCCUCAGUCACCACAAGCACCCUCUGAUCCGCCUAGCAACGUCAUAAAUAUUGUUUCUUCCGAGGAAGACGAGGGAGAUAUAGUCCAACCGCGUCGCAGAUUGAAGCGCAAGGCCGAGCGCUCUUCGGUCAUAUUGAGCGACUCGGAUGAUUCUGAACCAGUGGUGUCGUCGCCUGUCAAGAGGAGACGCCGGGUCUCGCCUACGGAGACUCCCCAAACACCUCAUUCUAGUGUGGAUAAAGACCAACAAGAACUGGAGGAUGAUGUGAAGGAUCUUCAAGACUCCGUUGUUAAAAACACUCGUACUCGCGGUGGGGUAUAUGAGUCUGCAAGAGAUAAAAAGCUGAGGCUUCUGGAGACUCUCCGUCGCCGACGUGCCGGACAGAAAGAAAAAAGCGAGGACGAGGAAGAGGAAGAGAAUGAGGAGUCCGAAGCUGAACUUCCACGGUCCAGCCCAACGCAGCAUUUCUUCAACAGGCGACGGAUUGACAACGAUGACAGUGAGGUCGAAUCCGCGAUCGACGCCAACGAAGAUCUGGACCGCUACGAAGAUGACUUUGUGUUGGAAGACAAUGAACUCGGCGUCCCUACCGAAGAGAUUCCAUUCGAAUUCACUCGACAUGCAUACAAGCAGCCGAAGGAGUACUUCCGCGAUGUCGUAUCCUGGAUGGUCCACAAUCGAAUUGAUCCGGCAUUCCCCCGCGACGACGCCAUGUACCAAAUGGCGUUCCAAAAGCUUGGGGACGAGGUUAAAGCGCGCGCCGGCUCUUCGCUUAUCUCUUCCGUCUGGACACCCAAGUUCCGCCAGGUUCUGUUGGCGAGGCCGUAUCUCGAGAUCACGGGGUUUCCCACCUCUUUCAUGCAUUCGUGUGAUGCUUGCAAUCGCGCCGGCCACCCCGCAUCCUCAGACCUGAAGUUCUACGGCAAGGCGUAUUCCGAAGAGACCUUAGAGCCUCUUACCGACGAAACUAGCGAUGACGACUCGUCCGAUGCAUCUGACUCUAGCGACAGCAGCAAUGAUGAUAGUAGCGAUGUGUCCGACGUGGAGCGCGAUCGCGAUGGAAAUAUUCUACCUGAUGAAAACACCCGCUUCUAUCUGGGAAAAACCUGCAAGGCGAAUGCUUAUAUGGCCCAUAUCCUUACCCACUGGCGAUUUCAACUCAACGAAUGGGUUGUCGACUACCUCCGACGCAUGGGACAUAUGGAAGACGCCGAGGUCCUGCGACGCGAGAACUUGAGCCAGAAGCGUAAGACACGAAACGCGAUUGAUGCAUGUAAGAAGAUGGAGGCAGACGGUGAGAUCGAGAAGCUCUAUCGUGACUUUCAUAUACAUCUCAAGACCGCUCGUGAGAAGACAUCUACUAUGGAGCUCUUACAAAAUAUUGCAUGAGAAGCUUCCAAUACGCAUGAGGAUUAUAUCUAUCCUCGGCUGAUGAAGCCUUUGUCUUAGCGUUACGUAAUGAUACCCAAGCUCUUAACUAUAUCUUAUCAUACAACUUGUCUUUGAACGUACAUAGCGAUUACCUAUCAUUUGGCGCCAUGAUGCGGCUUGGUUUGAGCUGGCUUCAAGACUGUGAAGGGAGCCAUUCCCUUGAUUAAUGUACUCCCAAGCACGAAAUUCGGUGAGAUCGAACAACUCAAUAGCAUCACUUAGACAUACAAAUCACGAGGAGAAGCAAAGGAGAAAUAAAAAAGCGUAUAUAGAGGAUAUGGAGAGAGGAAAAGGAAGAUGGUUGUGAUUGUACAAAUACAUGCAUGCAUAAGCUGCCGGAGCCAAAAUUUCUGGUGGAAAGACAUAUCAAGAAGCGAGGAACAGAAAAAGGGAUGAAUCAGUCGGGAAUAGAAUGACUUUACAACAACAACGGUGUUGAAGCCGAUCAUUUCAAUCCGAGAUGGUUGAAAGAGUUUGCUACAGGCCGACGGAAUUGAGGAUUAUCGGGGCCAAAGGCUGGAUUUCAUCCGCCAUGUUGUUGGUUCCAUGUCGAUCUUCUAUCAAUUAUGUGAUCGACCAUCAAGUCAUUCGGGUGUGUUGCCCGUUCAUCCCGUUUCUCAUGGCGGAGUUAAUUUACAGAGUGGCCUGGACACCCUGCUUCUCGGGCUCGGCACCGGGCGUGAGCAUCUGUUGGAA